AGCCACAACAACAAUAACAUAACAAUAUGGCAGGUUUGAGGGGAAGUUAUGUUUGCAGUUGUGCGUUUGAAAGAAACAUCUUUUUGAAGAAAUUAAAACUCCAUGUUGUAUUUAAAGAUGAAGAACAGUUUAAAAGGGAUUACAAAGAGGAAUUUUCACGAAGAGGUAUCAGUGAAAACCAAUAUGCUGAAAUUAUUUCUGGGGUCUAUGAAGAAAUCGACAGAAGAAAAGCAUCAGGCCCUGAUUCGGUAAAAAGGAAAAAGAUUAUUUCAGAAAGUUAUAAACACCUGCACCCACAUUUAUUGAGGUUGAAGGAUGAAUAUUUGGCCGAUGAUUUUCUACAGAUGAUUACUCUGUCAAAAGACAGAUUUGCAACUAAGGAAGCCUUGUUAAGCAAACUUGUAAAAGAAAAAGCUCCACUAACGUACAGCUUUAAGGUUUUCACAGAUAGCUUUUGUGAUCAGUUUUUGGAAGAGAUGGAAAACUUUAUUCAGAGUGGAUUACCAAUUGGUAAACCAAACACCAUGAAUAACUAUGGGAUUCUUCUAUUAGAAAUCGGCUUCAAAGAAUAUUUCUUCGACCCGUUGGUGUUCAAUUUCUUAAGCCCGAUUGCAAAGAUACUUUAUCCAGACUGGGUUGGAGAUGGACUUGACUCUCAUCGUCCGUUUAUUGUUGGCUAUCAACUAGGGAAAGAUGUCGACUUAAGUUAUCAUUAUGAUGAUGCAGAGAUUACGUUGAAUGUUUCACUGGGAAAAGAGUUCAAUGGCGGUGAGCUGUAUAUUUCAGGGAUGAAAGAUGAAUUAGACUGGUCAAGCCAUUGCUAUAAAUAUGAGCACCGAAAGACACGUGGGUUGUUACAUCGCGGCCAGCAAAUGCACGGAGCAAUGGAAAUCGAAGAUGGCGAGAGGUACAAUUUGGUUAUCUGGAUGAGAUCAUCUUCGGUCAGAAACAAAUGUUGUCCAAUGUGCGAUCGGAAGCCUAAUUUGGUCGAAGUUGAAGGGGAAGGUGCUGGUUUUACUGUUAACAAUGUGGACAUCUGCUGUACAUUAUGACGUCAGAACUCUGAGAUCGAGGCCUCUUGACAUUUGCUAUACCACCUGACGUAGAAAGUCAAGUCUUAUUACAUGUCAAUGACAAAAGGCCUGUGGGCAUGAUGAAGACAUUCCGAGGUAUGAUUGUAGGAGGUGUAGGGGCCACGCUGAGCACACCACUCGUUUUCGAAAGGGUAAAAUUCUAACUAUUUGUGAACAAAGUUAUAAAAA